CCAGGAAUUUAUUAAUACGCGGUUUAAAAGUGUAACAGAAUACAGUAUGGAGGCAAUCCAAUCGCUAAACGACGUUGUCUAAGUUCCUCAUCUGCGCUCAGAGACGCCAGCAUGGCAGUGCAAAGUGUUUUCCACUGCAUGCAUGCCUGCGUGGUCCUACUGCUCUGCUUAUCUACAGCCCUGCCUGCUGCCUCAGAGUCGAUCAGAAAUUACUAUGAUACUCUCAAUGUUGAGCCAGCAGCAACGGACAGCCAGGUAAAGAAGGCUUUCCGCAAACUGGCCGUAAAAUACCACCCAGAUAAGAACAAAAGCGCCGAUGCAGAGAAGACUUUCAGAGAAAUAGCAGAAGCCUACAUGGUGCUCUCCAACAAGGAGAAAAGGAAGUUAUAUGACAGUGUGGGCCAUGAUGCUUUCCUAAAAAACAAGGCGUCUGCAGAUGAACAUGCUGAGACAAGCUCCCACUUCGGUUUUGAAGACUUCUUCCAUGUCUUCGAUGAUAGUCCCUUUGUGGAGGAGUCAUACUUCCACUGGAGCUUUCAUCAGGAUGGGGAGGAUGAGAAUGGUCCAUAUGAACAUUACUCUUUUGAAGGACCUGGUUUCAGCUUUUAUUUUGACAAAGACGAUGAAAAUGAAGAAAACUACUACUAGCUACUAGAUAUCCAGUAUAUUUGUCCUGUAUGACUGCUUUAAUUUUCUGUCUU